CAUCAUGGAGGUCGGGGAUUCCAAGCAUGGCAUGGAGGAGUUGAAAGUUCAAAAUGUUACGGCCGCCCUUGAAGGACUGGAAGCGGCUGUGGAUCAAGAUGACACGAUCACAGAAGAUAGCAUGCAACAAGAGAAUGAAUUUGUUAAAAGGUAUGCAGAGUUAGAACAGGAAAUGACUGAACUAAACCAGAAGAAGAGAAUGCAGGAAGAAGCUAUUGCUAAUGUGGAUAAUGUUAUGCUGAAGCAACGAUUCCAAUCAAAAUUGGAUGAAGUCUUGGUGGAGAUGAAGAAACGAGAAGAGGAGAUGGAAACUUUGAAAGUGCUUAUUGGUCCAAGCUGAAAUUGAUGAGCUGAACUGUUGGCUAAAUAAUCUGAUGAGGUGUUACAGGGCAGAGAAAAACCAAUUGGAAGAUCAUUCAUUUAAGCAUAGAGCUGCUCUAAUACCAAGUGUUGACAUCGUCGCAUGCACAAUGCAUUUUUUUCAUUGAUCAUAAACGUUUGUAUGAUUUAAGAUGGUGAUCGUAAUUUAGUUGGUUAAACUACCAUAUUUGUUUGAAUAGCACCCAGGGAGCAUUUGUUGUUGAGAAGGGUUUAUGAGAAGAGUUUAGGGUUGUUGAGAAGGGUUUAUCAUAUAAUGUAAUUGGUCCGUUAGUUUAAAAAUCCUUUAUUUAAUAAUUGUAUUAUUAUCUUGAUUUGUAAUUAUUUUAUAUAUCAUUGUAAUUAAUUAUUGCUGUUGCGGGUAAUUGCCUUUGAUGGCAUUCGUAGCUAAUAAAAUUGAAUUGAAUAUUCACAAUACAUAUUA